AUGAGCCCGCCGAUAUCAGACGCUGGCAUUGCUUCCGCUAGCUCUCUCGCGUCUGCAUCGACCACGCAUGACGCCCUCUCUUGGUCGAAAGCUGCCUACUCUGCGCAAAACACAUACGCAUCAGCUUCAUCGGCAAACACAAUAUCAAGCUCAUCUUCGAGUAAUCCUUUUCCAUCAGCAUCAACAUCAGCACCAGCAUCAGCAUCAGUACCAGCAUUAGCAUCAACAGCAUCGUCAUUAUCGUCCAGUACCUUGCCACCACAACUAUCAGCAGCAUCAACCGCCGACGCCCCUUCGUUUGUUUCGCGAUCAUUUAUCGACAACGCAGAGCCAGCAUCCAACCCUGUUUCCACAUCGUUGCAAGCUACACCACCAACCGCACCGUCCACCGAGACCGUACUGCUCUCACAAGCCAGCCGGCUUUCUCCACUGGCGAACCAAAAGAGGCAAGCAGCAGCAGUAGCCUCACCUCGCAGAACACAUCGCAUCGAUCCCUACCUCCAGACACUUCAAGACCCCGACGUGGGUGCCGCUUUUCGUCCCCCGUCUCCCUCCUCAGCCCCAGCUAUCACCUUGUCCUACCGCUGUCGGCCCGAGCCCAAGACGUUUCCUACCUGGACGGCUCUCCUUGAGUCUUUGCCAACGCAGCCAAGACUGAUUCCGCUAGCACCGCGUACAUCUGAGACUACACCAGCUCCGUCGUCCAUCUCUACCCAUCCCUCCUCGCCUCUCCUCUCGGAGCAUCCAGAUCUUGCAACUUCCUCGUUCACCGACGCUACCAGCAUCGCCGCUGCCGACUCCAUACCCUCUUCAGCUGUUGCUUCGGCCGUCACCACUCCGCAGAUCGCUGCACCCAAGCUCAAUGCAUGGGGCACACCCAAGGCUUGGGCUGAUGCCCUCGGUCGCAACGGGCUCCACUCCAAAGGCCCCAUCGGUGUCAGUGUCCAUGUGGGUCAAGACUCUACUUCCGGCGCCUCUGACGUUGGUUCGCCUUCGCUUGCACGCUCGCUCAAGGCCCCCACCACCGCUUCCAACGGUAAGAAGUCUGCUACCAGCCGCAAGUCUGGCGGCGGCACGGCUAACAUGAAAACUACCACCCUCAUGAGCCUCGAACGCCUACUGGCCGACGCGCACACUCGCUUCGACGCCCCUGUCACUCAUCCUCGCGGUCUCGUCAACAAAGGCAAUUUCUGCUUUGCCAACGCUAUAUUGCAGACGCUCGUCUACUGUGCUCCUUUCUACAACCUCUUCAGCCUCGUCGGCAGAGAAGUCCCCGCCGACUUUGGCAAUGCCACACCGCUCAUGGAGGCUGUCAUCCACUUUCUGCGCGAAUUCCAACCCAUCCACGCCAUGAGCACCGACCACUCGCUCGACUCGCCUCAGCUCGUGCACGACGCUUCCGAGCCCUUUGUACCCGAAUUUGUCUACGAUGCCAUGCGUCUCAACAAGCGCUUCGACCAAAUGCGAAGGGGUCACCAGGAGGACGCCCAAGAGUUCCUUGGCUUCUUCCUCGACACGCUCCACGAGGAGCUGAUCUCAGCGCAGCGUCGAUCUGCUAUCAAGCUGGCGCACUCGGCUGGAGGUCCUAACGGCGUCCUCGCAAACAUGUCCGAAGAGGACAAGAAGCUCAACGGUGUUUCCGAUGACGAUCUGCGACGCCUAGGAGUGCGCGUCGGCAAGCAGGAGAAUGCGGCAGAUGCCAUCGGUCUCGGUCUCGACUCGGCUUUCGAUCCGGACGAAAUCGUCGAGCGAGAAGUGCUGCGUCCCGUCAGCCCAUCCGAGGAAGGCUGGAUGGAAGUCGGUCAGAAGGGCAAGACGGCCUACACGCGCACCACGUCGACUUCUGAGUCGCCCAUCACCCGCAUCUUUGGCGGCAAACUGCGCAGCGUCCUCAGGACGCCCGGUGCCAAGGAUAGCGUGACACUCGAACCGUAUCAGCCGUUGCAGCUCGACAUCCAGCCUGCGCAUGUCCAGUCGAUCGAAGAUGCGCUUCUCCACCUCACCGAGCCCGAGAUCAUCCCGGGCGUGUGGUCGCCUUCGCGUGCCGCCGAGGUUGACGCCACCAAGCAGGUGUUUGUCGAGUCGCUGCCACCCGUGCUUGUUCUCCAUCUUAAACGUUUCCUCUACGAUGAGAUUGGCGGCGUGCAAAAGAGUCAAAAGCCGCUGUCGUACGGCACCACGCUCGAGAUUGCACCCGAGGUGUUAAGCCCGGCUAUGCGAUCGCAGCCUCGCCCACGCUACCGCCUCUUUGGCAUUGUCUACCACCACGGUCGAUACGCUUCGGGCGGUCACUACACAGUCGAUGUGCUCCGACAGGACGGUCACACGUGGCUGCACAUAGAUGACACCAUGUUCCACACGGUGCCCACCGAACACGUUGUGCGCAACGCCACCUCACCCAGCAGGGACUACGGUCACGAUGGUCUCGCCUAUCUACUGUUUUACCGCCGCGAGUUGCCUGGAGAAGCCGAAGCCGAGUCGGCAAACGAGGCGGGUAGCAAAAUGGGUGUGUCGUCAGCAGCUUCGGCGGUUAAUGGCAACCAUACCAGCACCACGCUCAGCCCGGCUUUGGCAGCCAAGGCCGCGCCAGCAUCGGCAUCAGCAGCUGCGUCGGUGGCGACGUCGACAGCAGCCUCGGUCAAGAGCAAGCAGCUACCGCAACAGCAGCAGCACAAGAAGACCUCCAACGGUUCGACCAACUCGGCGGCCUCGUCGCCGCGUGUGCCUCAAGCCUCUUCUUUAAAACCUGGAGCAGUGGCGGCGGCGGCACCGAGUGCAAGCAAGUCGGCCAGAAAGGUUGUGCCCGGCUGGGACCGCUAA